CCUCCAGCUUUCCAUCCAGAGCCCUAGCUUCUACCCCAAUCCACACCGUUCACCAAUUUAUCCAUCCAAGCAUCCCAACUCCCGGGUUCCCCCUUCUUCUCCUUCUCUCUCUUCCCUCCUCUUUCGUUCUCGUUAUUCACUCGUCCAUCUCCCUGCUACGUAAUCCUACGUGGUGCGGUGCGCUUGGUCUUGCAGCUCUCUGCCUGGAUUCACUUGCUGAGCCCCGCCAGUAUACAAACACAAUUGCCUCUAGGUGGAAGUGCCGCUGUCGACUUGGCCUGCACCCACACACACACACGUCCCUUGUAUCUGGCCGCAAGCACGUUGCCUACCACAGCUUUACGCUCGUUAUCUUCAAAGACUUCCAGCUCAGACAUCAAUUGACCCACUCGUGUUUGCCCGAGCGCUCUAAACCAGACGGAGAGCCCCGACAACUCUAGACAUGGGGCUGUUUGGUCGAAAAGGCAACAAGCCGUCACUCUCAGGAGCCAGCACGCACUCUACAGUCUCCAAUGGCUCUUCAAGGUCGCCAGCCAUGUCUAUGUCACAGAGCGCUCACUCGCGUACCUCCAACCCUCUCCCUGAUAUCACCCUUCCCAAAGCUCCAGACCCGAAUCUAGAUCCUGUGGGGUAUCUUCGCAGCAUAUAUGCCGUCAGAGAUCGUUCGAAGCUGGUGUUGGAGAAGGCCAAGAAGAAUCAAUUGAAGCAUUUUGUUGUGGAUCUGGACAAGUUUGCCGACACUGCUGGCUAUGUAGUGUCGAUCAUCAAGCGUGACUUCGCCCCUGAUUACUCCACCAUUCCCCCUCAUGGCCGCUGGCAACACUUUGAAGUCGGUGGUCGUCCACGUGUUGACCAGCUCUUGGCCUCCUGGUCAACACAAAUUAACGCACAGGAGCGUACGCGUCGGUUGAUUGACCUCUUCCUCGUCUCCGUACUCCUUGAUGCAGGCGCAGGGACGAAAUGGCAAUAUCGAAGCAAAGAGAGUGGAAAAAUUUAUCGUCGGAGUGAAGGCCUCGCUAUUGCAAGCUUGGAGAUGUUCAAAGCUGGUCUGUUCAGCAGCAAUGUCGCCGUUCCGCAUCAGGUUGACAGCAGGGGACUGCGUAGGCUUGAUGUGACCGCUGUGGCACGGGGCCUACAGGUCACCGACCAGAAUCCUAUCAAUGGCCUAGAAGGACGUACCGAACUUCUCAAUAGACUCGCAGAUGCUCUUCAGAAACAGGAGGUAUUUGGGGUUGAGGCUCGUCCAGGAAACAUGCUGGAUUAUCUUCUUUCCCAUCCAUCGACGCAAGCAUCUUCGGUCCCAAUCAUCCCAGUCCCAACCUUAUGGACAGUUCUAAUGGACAGCCUUGGACCAAUAUGGCCGGCAACGCGAACUCGCAUCAAUGGAGUGUCGAUCGGCGAUGCCUGGCCAUGCUCUCAGAUGCCAUCACACCCUGACCGCCCGUGGGAGAACAUUCUGCCAUUUCACAAACUUACCCAGUGGCUUGCCUAUUCUCUCAUGGUUCCCAUGUCGAAGCUGCUCAAUGUACGAUUCGCAGGGGUUGAACUGAUGACGGGUCUACCCGAAUACCGAAACGGUGGCUUACUCAUCGACACGGGUCUCCUCACACUGAAAGACGAGGACACGAAGCGAGGUCUCGAGAACUUUGCAAAGAAUGCGCAAUUGAAGGGCCAGCCGAGCAUGGAAGUAGUACCACUUUUCCCUGUAGAUGACGACGUCAUUAUUGAAUGGCGAGCUGUUACAGUGGGAUUCUUGGAUGAAUUACUGGUGGAGGUCAAUGCACUGCUUAGUCUGCGCGGAGCCGACGCACUGUCUCUCGCACAGAUGCUUGAAGCCGGCACUUGGAAGGGUGGCCGUGAGCUUGCGGAAGUAUCGCGACCCAAUACGAAGGAGCCCCCCAUCAUGAUCGUUUCUGACGGCACAGUUUUCUGAGAUACCCCAAAGCAUGAUCACAAAGCAUCAAUCAUCAUAUCCCUGGCAAGAACGCGUCGUAGAGAGAUCGAAGCUCGUAGCUUUGUAAGGUUCCUAUUUGUCUAGAUACUUGCUAGACUCGUACUCGCAUUCGCUGUCUUCUGCAUUAUAUUAUACGGACGGUAUCGCCACA